AUGGCCAGUGAUUCGUCUCUCUCAACGCCACUCGGUCAGGCGUUUUGUGAGAGAUUCGCAAAGGCUCUUCGAUUUAUUGAAGACAUAACUACAAAUGCAGAUGAGGUGCAAGGGAAGGUUUUGGGUAAAAUACUUGGCCAGAAUACUGGAACUGAGUAUCUACAGAGAUUUAAUCUUAAUGGUGCUACAGACAAGGAUUCGUUUAAGUACAAGGAUCCGGUUGUCACAUACGAGGAUCUUCUGUUGGAAAUCCAACGUAUUGCCAAUGGCGAUCUCUCCCCUAUCCUUUGCUCUCAUCCCAUUUCUGAAUUCCUCACUAGCUCAGGGACAUCGGCAGGUGAAAGAAAGCUCAUGCCUACAAUACCUGAACAAAUGAAACGCAGACAACUUUUGUUCUCCCUUCUCUUGCCAGUGAUGCAUCUUUAUGUGCCAGGACUAGAUAAAGGAAAAGCCCUCUACUUUUUAUUUGUGAAGGCAGAAACCGAGACUCCAGGUGGGCUACUUGCACGUCCAGUCCUUACCAGCUACUACAAAAGUGAACAAUUCAAGAAUAGGCCAUAUGAACCCUACAAUGUUUAUACAAGCCCUAACGAAGCAAUUCUUUGUUCUGAUUCCUACCAAAGCAUAUAUACACAAAUGCUAUGUGGCCUCCUCAUGAAAGGAGAGGUCCUCCGUAUUGGGGCGAUUUUCGCGUCUGCUCUACUCCGUGCCAUCCGAUUCCUCCGGGUCAAUUGGAAGCAACUUUCUGAUGACAUCUUGUCUGGAAGUUUAAACCCUAAAAUUACUGACCCUUCUCUUAUUGAAUGCAUGUCCAAAAUUCUCAAACCUAAUCCAGAACUUGCGCAAUUCAUCGUCAAAGAAUGUGAAGGAGAAAGUUGGGAGAGGAUAAUCACAAGAAUUUGGCCCAACACAAAGUACCUAGAGGUCAUUGUUACCGGAGCAAUGGCUCAAUACAUCCCAACCCUUGAUUAUUAUAGUGGUGGCCUGCCAAUUCGUCGUACAAUGUAUGCAUCGUCCGAGUGCUAUUUUGGAAUCAAUUUGAAGCCAAUGAGCAAGCCUUCCGAAGUCUCUUAUACCAUUUUGCCUAACAUGGGAUACUUUGAGUUCCUCCUACUUGACCCAAUCAACCCGGUGCAACUGUCCCGUGACUCACUGCCGUGCCUGGUGGACCUGGCGGACGUGGAGGUGGGCAAGGAGUACGAGCUCGUGGUCACCAAUUAUGCAGGGUUAUGCCGCUACAGAGUUGGUGACAUUCUCCGAGUCACCGGGUUCCACAACUCAGCACCCCAAUUCAAGUUUAUAAGGAGACAGAAUGUGUUACUAAGCAUUGAUUCUGACAAAACCGAUGAAUCUGAAUUGCAGAAGGCCAUUGACAGUGCUUCGAUGCUCCUUCAUGAAUUCAACACUAGCGUAGUCGAGUACACUAGCUGCGCGGAUACAAAAACAAUCCCUGGACAUUAUGUUAUAUACUGGGAAUUGCUUGUAAAAGACCAAGACAAAUCGCCUAGUCAUCAGGUUCUGGACAAAUGUUGUUUGGUUUUGGAAGAGUCAUUGAAUUCAGUUUACAAACAAGGACGAGUGGCAGACAAUUCAAUUGGACCCCUUGAAAUUAGGGUAGUGAGAAAUGGCACAUUCGAGGAUCUCAUGGACUUUGCAAUUUCAAGGUGUGCUUCCAUUAAUCAAUACAAGGUUCCAAGGUGCGUCAAUUCGACAUCGAUGCUGGAGCUACUCGACGGCCGGGUGGUCUCUGUCCACUUUAGCCUGACAGCACCGCAUUGGAUCCCUGAACGCCGCAGUUGA